GGAGAAAGCAGCAGUAGAAUCGUAGUCGCCGGUGCUAAGCGGGAGCGCUGGAUAUGGCGGAUGGAGAGCGCUCCCCGCUUCUGUCGGACCUUGGUGAUGGAGGAGGCAUGGGAGCAGCGAUGGGUCCUGGGGCCCCUUCCCCGGGGAGUGCGCUCCCCACUGCUCCGCCGUAUGGUGGCCCUGGCCCCGCCUCUAAUAAGCCGCAAGGCUUCCCAGAGUUCCCAGCUGCUCAUGGCUCCGUUAUUACAGGAGAAGACCCUCCUCCAUAUUCCCCUUUGACAAGUCCAGAAAGUGGCUCUGCACCCAUGAUCACCUGCAGAGUCUGCCAGUCACUUAUUAAUGUGGAAGGAAAAAUGCACCAACAUGUGGUUAAGUGUGGUGUCUGCAAUGAGGCUACGCCAAUAAAAAAUGCCCCUCAAGGGAAGAAAUAUGUUCGUUGUCCCUGCAACUGUCUUCUAAUAUGUAAAGUGACAUCCCAGAGGAUAGCUUGCCCCAGACCCUACUGUAAGAGAAUUAUAAACCUUGGCCCUGUACAUGCUGGUCCCCUGAGUCCGGAACCACAGCCGGUUGGUGUGAGAGUCAUUUGUGGACACUGCAAGAACAAUUUUCUGUGGACAGAAUUUUCAGAUCGGACCUUAGCUCGCUGCCCACACUGCCGUAAGGUUUCUUCAAUUGGCAUGCGGUAUCCGCGAAAGAGAUGUUUCUGUUGUUUCUUGUUGGGAGUUUUGCUGGCUCUGGCUGCUGCAGGACUUGUUGGAGGAACUUGGACUUUGGCAUACAAAUAUGGUGGGAUCUAUGCCUCUUGGGCAAUUCUGCUGCUCCUAGCACUGGCAUGUAUUGGCCGUGGUAUCUACUGGGCUUGUAUGCGUGUCAGUCACCCUGUCCAGAGCUUCUCAUGAGCACAGGACCUUCCUCAUUCAGCUUCCCCAAAAUGGCCAAGAUGACAAGUAAUCGCUGGAAGGCACAGGAUGGCGAGAGAGCAGUGGCUCACAACUAAUUGGGGGGGAAUACCUGCUGCAUUAUAAUGCAGUUAUGAUUAUGGUUCCGCAGUCCUAAAUCACCUGCCUCUCUAUUCUGACAAUACAGGGCUAAAAAUACUUUUCCUUGUAUACACUACUGAAAUCAUGCAGGUUGUAGAAACACUACACGAUUUGCUUUAUAUAGCAAAUCCAGGACAAUGUUUACUUUGAGGAACCGCAUAUUGGGGAGUGCUCAAUGUGUCACUAAAUUUGGUGAAUUUAUUUAAAUUCAGAGCAGGACACCUACCUGUAAGGCUGGCUUGCAGGCAGGUUGGCAUGUUGAAAGUAAGGCAAUGUAUAGGCUUGUUUUGUGUUUUUACCUUUUUACGGUUUGUUGAGAUAAAGGCUUUUGCUGUAGUCCCUGAGAAAUUCGAGGAAAGCCUUUCUUCUGCAGCCUGACUAAAGCUGGCCAUAGACGCAAAGAUCCCAUCAUACUAAUCCUCAAUUCGUACAAUUUUCGGACCGCUUGUAGAGAGUCCCGACAUUUUUCGCCCCAUGUCGAUCGGUCGUUUGGUCGAUCGGACAGGUUAAAAGAUUUCUGUCGGCUGCUGAUAAUAUCUCUGCGUGUAUUGCCCAAUUGUACGAUUUUCAGAGGGAGACUGUCACUAGCUUUGUCGGACAUAAAGUCUCGUACGAUUGCUGUUAGGGGCGGAUCUGUUCUUGAUCUGUUCUUUUACUACUUUAUUUAAACUGAAGUUUAGCGACAGGUCGGGAGAUUGGGAAGUCUGGUCGUUCGAGGAUUCGAACAAACGGAUCUUUGCAUCUAUGGCCAGCUUUAGGGGAAGCAGCACUCAAAACCCUGCUCACAUAAAAGAGACCUGUUUCUUAUCCCUUUAGGAAGAAAAUUACCUCAUCCCCUUAAAAUGUAUGGUAAUGUGCUGGAAAAGUGGUAUGACAGUGUCUCUUACAACCAACCCCAAACUCAAAUUCCUGUUGCAUUUUCAUUUGAGUAUAAUGUUAAUAACCCUAAAUGUACAUUCCUUCCUGCUCAUCCUUUAAUCAUAUUAAUGAAUGGCUACAUAUGCCCAUGAUAUUUUUCCCCUUAUGUUUGCUGCAUCUAGGACAAUAUAAAGAAAUGGCAAUUCCAAUCAUGAACAGCGCCACAAUAUUAAUAAGUAAGCACCCUGAAUUCUCCUCAGUUCUAGGACCUGAUGCUUUAUUGCACAGCUCUAUUCAACCAGUAGCGACUAACAGUGUUUUGCAGACAAAAAAUUCAGAUGAACCAUUUGGAAUGAAAGGGCAUGGUAUACAAUAAAAACCGAUCUACAUAUCUAUUAAAAGGGAACAGUCACAGAAAAAAUAAUCCUAUCACCUGUCUGUUGGUAGAUGUAAGAGUAUAUUAGAGAAGUUAGCAGAGAAAGUCCUUGCUUUGCAAAACUUGUACGUGGAAAUGCAGCUAUGAAUUAAGAGGCGAAUGUUGCUUUUGCUCACAUUGUGGGCGAUAUCCAUAUUUCAACUUAGAGGGGAACUAUCACAAAAAUAAAUUUAAUAUAAGUUUCAGUUUACUGAAAUACGAAGGUUUCUGAAUGUAAUCAAUUAAAAAUUCUGUACCAUUUCUUUCAUAGUUCAUCUUCACUAUCCCUCUCUCAGCAUCUGUUUCUCUUCAUUCUCUCUUCAUGCAGCAGUUGGGUGUCAGAUAUUCAUUUACAGUUAGAUCCAAUAUAUCUUAUAGGGGGAUCCUUAUGCCUAGAAUUUGUAUUAGAGCUCACUAUUAAAUCACCUGAAAUCCUGUCUCUCUACAUGCAGGAUUUGUGCAAAAGGCAGUUAUUUUGUUAGAUUUUGUUUGUACUGGAAUCAGUUAUUUGAGUGAGCUCUAAUUCAUCUGCUAGGAAAGGAAGCCCCCCUAUAAGAUAUAUUGGAUCGAACUGCUGAUGCCCAACUGCUGCAAGACAGGGACAGUGAAUAUUAACUUGAUUAUUUCAGAAACGAUGCAGAAUAUUGAAUUGAUCGUAUUUAGAAAGUUUCUUAUUUCAGUAUGAUGAAGCUUAUAUUACAUUUUCACAAUAGUUCCCCUUUAAAAUCCACCCAAAUUAGCACGAACGAGGCACAAAUACGGUUCAGCUGAGCCUUAAGUGGUACUUUGGGUUUUAUUGUCAUUAAGUAGAAAAGCUGCAAAAGUAACAUUUCAAGAUUUGCACUAUCCUCGCUUUGUCAGACAUGAGUUACAGAAUAUUCUUCUGUCCAGUAAAUCUUACAUAAUAAUGGGGUGAAUGCCUUCUUAAGAUAUUUUAGCAGAUUGGUGUUUUCUACACGUUGAGCUGGACUGGGGUUUAUCAUGAGUCCCCCUAGUUUUGUGUAUGUAAAAAAAAAAAAAAA